AAAAUGAAGUCUCUUGCAUCACUCUGUUUCCUCUGCCUCUGCAUUUCUCUUUAUCCCUCUUUCUCUUCCUCUGCCAUACUAUUUCAGGGGUUCAAUUGGGCAUCAAGUGAAAAAGCAGGAGGAUGGUACAACUUCCUGAAGACGUUGGUUCCUGACAUUGCAGAUGGUGGGGUUGAGUAUGUUUGGCUUCCUCCUCCCUCUAACUCGCACGAUGAUGGUCCUCAAGGUUACUUGCCGAAAAGGCUAUACGACCUAGACACGUCAAAGUACGGUAACAAGGAGGAACUGAAGUCGCUGAUUGCGGCAUUUGGAGAGAGAGGAGUGAAAUCCAUCUCAGACAUUGUCAUCAACCACAGAACAGCAGAGAGGUUAGACAACAGAGGACUCAGCAUCUUCGAAGGUGGCACACCCGACACGCGCCUAGACUGGGACGUGUCCUACAUUUGCAGCACCGAUCCAAGAUUCAACGGCACAGGGAACCCCGACACAGGGGAUGACUGGUGGGGUGCCCCUGACAUCGAUCACACCAAUCCCAAUGUCCAAAAGGAGCUCUCUGAUUGGAUGAAUUGGUUGAAAUCCGAUGUUGGGUUUUCAGGUUGGAGAUUCGACAUGGUUGUCGGUUAUGCUCCUAGGUUCACCAAAAUCUACAUGGAACAAACAAAACCCGAUUUUGCUGUUGGAGAGUUGUAUCAGAAUGUGUUCAUGGGUCAAGAUGGAAGGCCCUUGGCUGACCAGGAUAAGCACCGUGAAACCUUGGUCAAUUGGGUGGAUAAUGCUGGUGGUGGUGUCAUGGCUUUUGAUUUCACUACUAAGAUGGUUCUUGGUGCUGCUGUUCAAGGUGAGUUGUGGAGGAUGAAAGAUGCUAACGGUAAGCCUCCGGGUAUGAUUGGAGUUAAGCCUUCCAAUGCUGUCACUUUUGUCGACAACCAUGAUACUUGGUCUCAGAGGACUUGGCCUUUCCCUGAUGAUAAAGUCAUGUUGGGUUAUGUUUACAUCGUCACUCAUCCUGGUCACCCCACAAUUUUCUACGAUCACUACAUCGAAUGGGGACUAAAGGAGCCGAUAAAGAAAUUGACAGAAAUAAGAAAGAGGAAUGGAAUUACGGCCACAAGCACAGUGAAUAUUAUGGCAGCUGAAGCUGAUCUCUACAUGGCUGAGAUUGACAACAAGAUCAUUGUCAAGAUUGGACCCAAAACGGAUCUUGGGAACCUUCUUCCACCCAAUGUCCAGGUAGCUACCAAUGGACAAGACUAUGCUGUGUGGGAAAGAAAGUGAAGCACCAAUACUAGAUAUUAAGUUGGGCAUGCAUUUUUACUUUUACUAGAAUAAAUAAAAUAAAGACUUUGAAUAAUAUACAUACCAAUUGUAGAAGAGCAUAAGAUAAAUCUUCGUGGGCUAUAUACAAAUGAAUAAGAAUGAUAUACUAACAAAGGGCUGGUAGCCAAAUCAUUUGUAUCCUUCGUUCAAGUAUGUUUAUUGAAAACUAUUUAUU